CACCACUCAGCAUCUCUCUUCAUACCAAUUCGACACUACACCUCGUAAAGGAGAUGAAGAGACUCGUGGAAGAUUGAAUCGAGAAGGCAGCAUCUCGAGGCAGAGCUCGAGAAUUUUCAUCUUUACGAGAUGUCCGGGCGAGGAGAGCUGUUCGCCUCGCCUGCUAGGCACGUCCAGGCGUCCACGAGGGAUCACACAACGCCUAGCACACCAAUUCGGCAUCAGCUCCAGAGUGAUGGUACACCCACGCCUCAAGAGCCCAGCAUCUUCUGUCACCGCUGUCUCACCAAUCAGAGAAUCCACCUUGAGCUCCUGUCCGCCUACGAGGACGAGACCUCCAGCUCCUCCUAUGCGUCUUCCUCAUCUUUGCCCGUGGGAUCCUACGAAGCCUACAAGGCCGAUUUGGAGGCCCGGUAUCCGCUUCUCUGCGACAGAUGUAGACCUGCGGUAGAGAGCAAGAUCAAGGAGAGAGACGAUAUUGCUCGCAGAUGGAUAUGGAGAAAGUGGAUGGAGAGGAACAGGGGGGAAGAAACGGCGGGGCAGGGGAGUCAGUCUACUGGCUGGAAGGCUCCAACUGGUGCUGUCAGAGGUCGAGGGCUGGACUACGAGAGACGACGCAAGCGAAGGAAGAGUCAACUCAAAAUGAUUGAGUCAGCAAUGAGAUGGACUCUCAUCGCGAUGGGACCGCUUCACACCUUCUCAAACCACCUCAUGACCAGUCAAGCUCAUCAAAUCAGCCUGGUCCUCUCCCGCACUCUCCCGAGCGGCUUUCCCGUGGCGACUCUGAGCAGGUACGCUUGGCCCUUGGCUGGAUUGGCGAAUUGUACCGCUGUGUUACAGUCCCACCCACAAGAAGUGGAAGAGGGUGACGAAGGCGCAGGAUCUGGACGCAGACCUGCGAGAAGGUCUAUGAUACGCGCUCUUCAUUGCCUUACCUACUGUCAAAUAAUAGACACACAGCUCGGAGCGGCUUGGGUUCGCUAUGUGCCAGCGAGUAGCAUCUUACAACGAAUACCGGCUUCGGCAUUCGGGUGUGUCUGUCUAGCUCUUCAAGUGGUCCUGCUCCUGCUCUGCAUUCUCCGGCGUCCUGUGUCUCCUACUAUUAUGAAGAGACCACGAGCUACAGACACAAAGCACCCCAACGAGUACCAAGACGUUUUCGAUUCUCUCUCGCAGUCGCUCUCUCAAGUCACAGAUAGCAUCUCGGCCGGCUCUGCGGCGUUGCAGGGAGGAGAGGAACCAGGGGCCGUCUUCGGACAAACGACCUGGGCGAGCGCCAACGAGCGCACCGUCCCUUCAUCCUGGCGAAACGAGCAGACUUUGCAGCCGUCGCAAGCACGCAGGGACGAGCCGAUGGAGCUGGACGCUCCUGUCGCUCCAGCACAGGUGACAUCGAUGGAUUGGCAGCCCACUCCGCCUCCAGAGCACACAUCGGUGCACCAGCACCAACAUCGCUCUACUCCUUCCUCUCCCACACCCGCAUCUCGCUCCUCCAUCUUCGGACCGCAGAAAUUCUACGUACCGGAAGAGCCGAUUGGUGGAUUGGAAGAGAGUUUCUCAAGGGGACUGUCCCUCGGUGCGACCUCUGAGGAGCGGGAGGACGUGGAUAUGGAGGCGGCAUUACCGAAGUACGGGGGAAUGGUGCAAGGAGCGGUGCUAGUGGCUAUGCUGGGGCUGGUGAUUGGGUUGUUGACUGUCGUUUGGCACAAGUCGCAGGAGAGCCCGAGUGGAUAUGUGCGUGUGUACAAGACAGGGCGUGUUACGUGCUCUUCCAUCGCCAGGUGGGUCAAGAGCCGCUGGCUCGCAUCUAACGCUGAUUAUGCAAUGUAGAUCAAUACCCAGGUGAAGAUCAAUGAAGAACCAAUCUGAAUUGUGAGGAGGCAAGGCGAUGAUGCAUAGCGAAUACGAUGACAAGGGAAACAGUACACCAUGAUCGACCACACACUCGCGCACACACACGUCGGCACACAUACACAAUCAGAUGACGACUUCCUCCGUCUCCUCGAUGAUCUCCUCCUGCCACUCCUGGAUCUCCUGUGUGGGCUCCGCCUUGAUCUGUUCCGCCAAAGAAGGAAGAGGCUCCUUUCCAAGUGCCUCCCUCUGCUCGGCCAGAUCGGCCUUGGUCUUUGCCCUCCAGGCCUUCCACUCGUCCAGAGCACGCAGGUAGAGUUCCUUGUUCUGCAGAGCCAAGUUGCUCUCCUCUGCCAGGUCCUCCUCCUCGAACUGCUUGCCGAUCUCUCGGAUCGUGCGACGCACUUGCUUUUGAGCUUCCUUGGAUAGGAGAGUGCGAGGACGUGGGC